AUGAACCGAACACAUGAAUUAGACAUAUCUCUAGAGGAUCAUCUUCUAGAAGUUCUAAAUGCUCUUCCGACUAUUUUACCCGACGACCUGGCUGUCGAAUUGUCAGCCUUCAUAACACCAUCAAGCACUGUCAUUCCGUACUACAUUCUCCUCAAGAUAUCCCAAUGGUCUCGCUCACCAGCAGGUCUCAAAACACUGCAGAGCUCUUCGCUGGAUCCUCAGUCUUAUUCCAUGGUCUCUCUGCUUGCUGGCACGCGAACAUCACCAGAAAAGAAGUUUCCAGCAUACGUAGCAAAGGACCCAGAAACAGAGCGCCGGCAGGCAGCAAAUGACAAGAAGGCAGUAUCUACGAUCGUUAAUGGCGUCCUCAGCGUUGCAGGAACCGGUUUUGCAACAUGGUGGGCAAGUGAACGUACGGGCCUGCGCCUUGAAUGGGUAUGA